AUGGGUGAGGACUCUGUGACUGAUUUAUCAAACUUUGAUGCAAAAGUCGAGGUUGAGAAACUUAUUCAAAUGCUCUUGCUAUCUUCGGAGGUGGAGAGUUCUGUUUCUGCAGACCCUCAGUUUGCGGAUUGUAUUAGCAAACUUUCACACCUUCGUCUUGACGAAUUAGCUGCCACCCCAAAGCGUAUUCAAAUGGAAGAAGACAGUAUCAGAUACAAAACGGAACAGCUUGCUGUCGAAAACUACCCGAUUUUUCUUGCUAAUGCAAACACAAGUCGUGAUGUUCACCGAGAGUUCUUGUCCAUAUCUGAAUCGAAUGUGAAUUUACUUGCAAGUAUUGCUGGUGUUUCCAGUGCUGCUCAAACUAUUUUCGAUAACAUCGGAAAAAAUGCUUCUGCUUUUCGCGUCUCUGCUAAGUUCGUUCAGAAAUACACCCAAGUUGGUACCACCUUUUGUGUUUCCUACCUAUAUUUUCUGGAGCUACCACAACUCAUGGAUACUUGCAUUCGAAACGGCUAUUGUCAGGAUGCCCUCAAUAUCUUAAGCCAUACCAAGCGCAUGACGAAAAAAUACGGUCGGACAGUGCCCAUAGUUCGGAUGGUGGGUCUUCAGGCUCAAGAGAUAAGUGGUCAACUUUUCAGUCAGCUUUGCAAACAGCUCAGAGAACCAGUUACACUGCCCGUCUGCCUGAAGGUGGUUAUAUACUUGCGACAGUUCGAAGCUUUUACUGAACAGGAAUUACGCUUGAAUUUCCUUCAAGCACGAGCUAUUUGCAUAAAAGAUCAGCUGGAAUUUGCCCUCACAAAACCGAUAGGUUUGUCCAGUUUUGAUUCCUCUUCAGCAACCAAAUCGGCACACAUUUCUGGGCAUCAGCAAGCUGAAUACAGGGCCUUUAUUCGAGCCAUGAGGCGAAUUGAAGUAACUCGAGUUCAGCUUUUCGACAGUAUCACGCAGUAUCGUGCCGUGUUCGCUGAUGAAGAGGCCUACUCGUCUAAAUUGACUGAUCCACAUCAACAACCAGUCCUUGCGGAUAUCUCUCCACUCCACAUAGACGAAACUGCUCUGACACUACGGGGCCUAGCAACAAACGGUAUUGAUUAUCUCGGUCCCUCCACCGAGGCGAGUCUUUUCCACUCUUGGCUUGUGCAUCAGGUUGGUAUCUUUCUGGAUGGCUUGAACGGAGAUCUCAACACUCUCCUCAGCCUUCCUCACUUCACACCCUCUGAGAUUAGUGACAGGAUUAGGCUAGCCAUGGCCAAUGACUCGAUUACCCUUGAUAGCGUGGAUGCACCUACAACCUUCCAACAGAUCCACUCAGUCAUGACUCAGGCACUCUAUUUUGGUCGGUCGUUUGCUCGAAUUGGUUGCGAUUUUCGAGCUCACUUAGGAGCAAUUUUUUCUCGUGCGACUUUGAAUUACUUUGAGGCUCUACUGACAAAUGCACUGAUAGAAUUGAGUGCCACGUUGGAACUAUGGCCUUGGGAGUUAUCAGAACUGCCCUUUAUGACUAAUCAACCAGAAAGCACAAGUCCUGAUGAGUUCUCGGCUCCCAUGGCUAUCGCGCUUCACCCUCCAAUCGCUUUCUUUUGUAAUCGCCUGCUUACUGCCUUUAAUGGCCUCUGUAUUUGCUGUUCCGUUGGACUCAGGGAUGGAGUGCUAUCAGCAAGCAUUCGAAUACUGAGCGGCGCAGCCGAGGCGAUCGUAGCAGCGCACAGAUCGCGCCAAUUGGACAGCGCAGCUGCACGCGCACAGAGUUCUAAUCUUGCCUCGGUAUUCGCCCAUGUGGCCGUACCCCACCUUCUCUCCUGUCUGCUGGAAUAUAUCUUCGGAGGCGAUGCGGUAGCACAUCUCUGGCAGCUGCGUCUGGAGGGCGAAGAGGAGGUCCCUUCUACUUCUCAAACUGUCUCUCUCCUCGCCCGACGGGUCUGUGCGCCUAUUUUCGUGGUAUGGGGGCAGCUGAGUACCGGUCCACUGCGAGCAGGUGACACCGUCAAGCAGUCAGUUAUCCCAGACACUGAUGAAGUGAGACCUACUUCAGAUGCACACGCGUCUCUUCUGACUACGGCUCUCGAAAAACGUCAACCCUCACAAUUUCAACAUGGGGAGCCGAAGGCUCUUGCAUCUUUGACUGAAGAAUCCAACGAUUUAUCCAUCGCUAAGGGAGCACCGCAUUCUCUUGAAUUAAGUCUUCUGCAAAAGGAGGAAGUGGAAUUCGAAUCAAAAGCUAUCGCUGCUCAUUCGGCUGGAUUUGCUCCUGUCUUUGAAGUGGAAAAAAACGAGAGUGAAGUUUUGGAGAAACCUAAUCCUUCUAUUUUAGCCAAGAAUGAGGUUGGUUGGGAAGUUGCUUCAUCUCAUCCUGAAAACGAUGGGCCUUCUGUUGUUCCAGAGGAUUUAAAGACUGCUCGUCUCGAUUCCUCUGCUCUGGAAUUAGUUGAACCUUCACUGUCUUCUACGGAGAAAUGUACCAUCCGUGGCACAGACGCACAUUUGGCAUCAAUGCAGAAAUCCAAACCAGAGGCAGUUUCGUCAACUCUGCUACCAACUGAAGUUGAAGGAUGGAACAGUCACUUGGGAAUUUGGCCUCAUGAAGAAGCUAGGGAGGAAGCCGCUCCUUGUCAAAUGACUGAACCGAAUCAAGAGGAAGUCUCGCAUGACGACGUGGAAGCACCUCCUAAAAGUCCUGUUUCUCUGUCAACUCACGAGCCAAGGAUGAAGAAUUUUACCGCACCGGAAUUGACUGUACCUCCAGUUACCAAGGCUACUGUCAAAGAUUCACAGGAAGAUAAGGAAGGGAAGGAAGUAAAUGAGGAAUCUGCAGCUGUUUUAUCUUCAAAAGUAGCAUCUACUGCAAUUGAGGAAUCAGGGCAACAAGAUGUCGAAACGCGUGCAGAAAUUGAGAGCAUUGAUAGACUUAGCUUGGAUGCUUAUAGAUCUGCAGAAACCAUGACAAUAGACGGUAAUACCACAGCCGAAAACCGAUUUAAUAAUCACUAUAGUACUUUGUUAGAAAUAGGUGAUCAAUCUGACAACGAUACAGCCCUCCAACCCUAUCACCCCUAUUCUCUUCUGAGGAAAAAUCAACCAAGCAUGGAGGACGGAAAAAAGUGUGUGCAGUCAAGCUCAACGUCUCAUAAUUCAGCCGCAAAUUCUUCUGAAGCUAGCAUGGUUAAAUUGGAACUGACGUUACCUAAUGACAUUCCUGGUGAUAAACACUUUUUGAGUGUUCAAAAGACUCCUUCAUUCGUCGAAGAGGGGGAUUCUUUCCCAACCGACAGCAAGGGCGAGGGCCUACCUAGUGUUCCUAAAAGCCCUUCUUUAAAAGGUGCAUUUUUGGAGCAGCCCAAAUUAGGUUUAACUGAUCCACCAACGGAAAAGGAAGGUGUUUUUGGGGGGUUGCAGCAGGGUUUUGAUAUUCUGGAUAAUCGGGAACCCCAGCCUUCCAUGAAGGAUAACGGCAUCUCCCCAAGUCACGAGCUUAUCAGUCCGCCCUCUGUCAAAAAGUCAGAAAACGACGACAAUAACUCUAGCAUUCUUUCCGUUUUAGAUGAUAAUGCUAAUGAAUUAAAGACACCAGCAACGGUCUCUGUUCCACCGAUGAUAACGACCUGUCCUACUUCUGUGUCAAGAGUUUCGGAAACUCUCAACGAACCUGCUGACUGGAAUGAUGAAAAAAAUGAUGGCGAUGACGGAAACUUAAUUGGCCAUUCAACGACGAACAAAAAGGUGUGUGUUUCAGCGGCUUCCAAUGAACAAGAUAUAGAUAUUCAGGCGAAUCAUGAGUUCUUAUUCCCUACAAGCGAUCAAACCAACUUUUCAAAUCAAGAAGUCACCACCGUACUCUCCGUUAAAGAAGAAAGUGCUAGUAAAGACGAUUCCAUCUCAUUAAGCGAUCUAGGCGGUGAUGAUGCUGGUGAGCUGAGCGCGUCAGCAGAGAUUUCUGUUCCAGCGAUGGUGACGAGCUGUCCUACUUCCACACUAGGACGUCCAGAUGCUGACAAUGGGCUUGCUAAUUGGAUUGACGGAGAUGUGGGGGGAGAAGCGAGUGAUAGCAGAAACGCUGAACCCGUCGAUGUCAACAACCAGAAAGCUGAGUAUUUGGAAGAAGAAUUUGCCAUAAACAAAGAUGACAAAGUUCUUACGAACAUUGAUGACUCUAUUGUGAAUAAACCUGAGGAAAGGGAAAUGGAUGGAACAGUAGCGACCGACAUGCAGUCGCCUGUUGUAGAACAGGCAGUAAACAAAGGCUCCGGAGAAGAACUGGUUGAAGCUGUAAACAUCGGUGCCCGUGAUGUGGGAAGACCAAUUGCUCUUUAUUCAUCCGAUCUAGACACUUCACCGCAGUCUAGGUUGAUUGAAGAUAAUAAUGGAAAAGAGUUGUCUGCUGAUUCGGGGUUUGAAGUUAAUGCCAAAUUGUCAGUGAAUGAAAAUGUCGAUGUCGCCGGGAUUGGAGAUCUCGGAGAGUCGGCAAUUGUGGACCAAAAGGUUGAGGCUGUCGGUACUGUUGGGGAUGAAUUUGCGAAUUGGAAAGGUGGGUGGGAAGCAGAUACAGAUCCUUCCGAUUUUGCCAGUCUUCAAAAUCUCGAAAUUGAUGUACAGAGUAUGGCUAAAACUGAUUCUCCUGCUAAUAAUAGUAAAGAAGAGUCAUCUGAUGUGGCAAAUCCUGAUGGAACACCAACUAAUCCUGAUACUGAAGUGCUCCUACCUUCCGGUACUAUUGCAUCUCAUACUACCAGAGCAACUGAUUUGGAUGAGACUGGUAGAUCUGAAACCAGUCCUGAGAAAUUGGCUUCAUUUAAUGCUGACUGGAGUGAAGGUGACAAUGCAUGGGGUGGAGAUGCGGAUACCAAUAUUAAUGAUGAAGAAAAGCCAAAUCUUCAUACAGAUGACAAGCCGGUCGAACCAGAUUCUAAUUUGAUUCAACGAAAUGCCGAAGGUGAGCUGGAGACUGCUAGAUCAUCGGAAAUUGAUGCCAAUGUGUCCGCGAACGAACCCCGCGAUUGGGAUUUGUAUGGAAAUUCGCCACCGACCAAAAAAAUUGAUUCUGAAGGUUUAGAAGAAGAAAUCAAAGCUCAAACACCUACUUCCUCAAAUGAGUGGAAGACAGAGGUGGAAAGGGUUGAAGGAAACGAACCUCUUUUUGAAGAACAAGCUAUUAACGCUGGUACUUCUGCUGAGAAACUUCUUGAAGAAGGGCAGUCGCCUCUUUCGGCAAAACCAGCAAACAAUGCCGAUUUGGGUGAGGAUGAAACCACCUGGGCCGAAGAUGCAGAUAUCUCGGUUAAUGUGACACAAGAACACCAUGACCUUCGGCGAUUCAGGUCUGACAGUGCUUUACCAGGGAACACUUAUUGCGAAAAGGAAGACUUACCAACCACUAAUAUUCCAUCUGCUCCUCCCUUCAGCAACGCAUACAUAUCCCAAUCAAAGACUGCCUAUUUCUCACGAACCGUUGUAGAUCGCCAGGAGAAGCAGUUGGCGGUGGGGGGUACUGUGGCUUCGACACCUCGCAUUAUCCUUGAGUCGAGUUCCGUUCACCCAGAACCUUCGGAAGUUCAAGCUGUAGAUGCUGAUCAGUCGAAAGCGGUCAAUGAUAACUUCGAGGACUCUUCCAAGAGCCCAGAUGAAGCUAAAGUUGAUGAUGUGGGAAAUAAUGAGGCUGUUAAAUUGGUCCAAAAAGUUAAUGGAAGUCAGCGUCCUCUUGAACAGUGGACUCUCCUCCCAGCUCUAAGGGUCGAGUGUAUGCAGGCCGAAGUUUUGCUCGAGGAGUUCGAUCUGUUCCUCUGUCAUUGCAGUUUGAGGGAAGAGGUACCUCAUGGAGAGGAUCUGCAAAGUCCAGAGAUCCAGACCCUAGUAAUGUCCCAACUGCCGGAGGGGACAUGGCUCUCUCUGGAGGAGCCACAAUUAGCCAGCAGUGGAAUUCAGAAGAUUGAGGUUCAGCGAUCCUUCAUUGACAAGGUGGAGACUGGCUACUUCGCCAAAGUCGGGGGAAAGAAUAAACUGAAGCGUUUGACACUAAGGAAUGUCCAAGGCUCAGCAGUGGUGGACAAAAACAUGCUUCAGGGAUUGGAGAAGUCUUUGAACUACCUGGUGGUAGCCAACGGUCUUACGGUCAACAUCGCUGAUCUUACGGAAAUGGAGUACCUAACAGAUCUGGGAUUGAUGAGCACCAAGAUAGUUGGAACUCCGGCAGAUUUUGAGAAACUCCUACCCCGGCUGCGCUCGCUGGAAAUAAAGAAGUGCCAUCUCCUCCAGUUGCCAUGGGAGGCAUUGGCCAAAUGGUUGACGGAGAGCGAUUCCAGGCGUCUGAAAAUUAAUGACAACGACUGGAAUUGCGAUUGCUCAAUGGUGAAACUGAAACACCUACACCCAGGUGUUGUGGAAAAUGAGCUGCAAAGGCUGAAGUGUGCGAGCCCACCAAACCUCGCCGGAAAGCAGUUGUCCGAGCUUACGGAUAAGGACCUCUGCCCAGAGGGAGAACCGGAUAUGAAGCAGGGAGGCGGUGAGGACUCAUUAAAGGCCUCAAGCAGCACCAGCGAGGACGGCGGCGAUAAGAGCGGAAGUGGCAGUGACAGUAGCCCAGCUGACCUCGGGCCAUCUAGUGGACACCAGGCGGAAGACGGUAGGGCGAGGAGUAGCGCAAUGAGAACCGAGGUGAUCAUUGGGGGCACGGUGGUCGGUGCGCUCGUUGUGGCUUUCAUUGUCUUCAUCAUUAUUUAUAAAUGUCGUCUCUACCCGGAGAAGAAGAAUAGAGAGGAGAGAACUAGCAGGACGCAUCAGAACAAGAGAUACGUAAAUGUAAUAGAAGAGCCUCCGCUUCAGCAAUAUGGAAACAACAGCCGAGGUAAGGAGAACGGCAAAUUUGCUGAGGGAGCUCCAGUUUAG